CACCCAGCCGGAUCUGAUCUGCUGACGUGUCGGCUCCUUGUGGCCAGUGCUCAUGCUCCAGCAGCAGAACCAAGCCAGUCCACAAAACUGCCAACAUGGCAGCAAAACACUUCUACCGACAAGGAUUUUUAUUACUUUUAUUUAAUUUUAUUUCCACCGCAGCCUUGGAGAAACGUUUCUCCGACUUUAAAAGAUGUGCCGACGAGGAGUGCAGCAUGCUUCUUUGUCGGGGAAAAGCUGUGGCAGAUUUCUCAGGACCAGACUGUCGGUUUUUGUCCUUCAAGAAAUCUGAAACUAUCUAUGUAUACUACAAAUUGUCAGGCAGAAGGACCGACAUGUGGGCCGGAAGUGUCGGGAGUGUCUUUGGCUAUUUCCCAAAGGAUCUUCUUGCAGUUAACCACAUUUAUACUGACAAAGAACAUGAAAUUCCAGCAGAGGAAACAGAUUUUGUCUGUUUUGACACUGGCUUUGAUAGGUUUAACAACUAUGACAUAGAUUUACUCCUAGGCUCCUCAGUGCAGGAGGAUGAUAGUGAAAAUAAGGGAACAUCUGACCAAAGCCAAGUGUUGGAGAAUGCACAGGAAGAAACACAGCCAUCAGAGGAUGAGGCUUCUGACAGUGAAACACAAAAUGAGCUUCAUGAUAGCUCUGAGGAUCUUGAUAAAGUCCCAGAUGAUCAAAGUGCCUCUUUAACAGAACCUGAAAUUGAAACUGAAUUACCUUUUACAAAAAAUGUAGAGUCCAAAGCAGCAACUGAAAGAGCUGCAGAAGACACAGAAGUUGUGCAAGAAAACCCAGACAAGUCUGUUCUUGAAAAUGUUUGGUCAGAGACGAGUGAAACCAAAGAUACGCCUGCAAAAUCUGAAGUAAAUUCUCUGGUCAAAGUUGAUGUUGUUUCAGAAGAUGACCCAGUCUCGAUUUCUGAGGAAGUUAAAAUCCCUGAGUUAAAAACCACACUUGGAACAACUUUUGAUGCUGUCACCACUGAUGAAGACAUCACCAAGAAUGUAACUCCAUAUGAAGAGGAGGAGAGCGAAUAUGUGGACGAUCCUCCCGAAGAAGAUGUCGAUGUUAUAGUUGGAACUCCGCUGUUGCCUUUCUCUGACAAAAAAGCAAAUACUCCAGCAUCUGAUCCCCUCAAAGAGCAUCAGAGUCCCCCAACAACAGAUGAGCAUAAACCAGAGACCACAGAGGAGAAGAACAUGUGGACAACAUUUGGAGAUGCUGUCUUUGCAGUUGUAACUGGGGGAGAAACUACAGCGCAUGAUGUGAGCUCGGAGGAAGACGAAGACGACGAUGAGGAAGAAGAAGCUGCUUUAAAAACCCCUCAGCAUUUUGAGGAAGCAAAGAAAGAUAUGGACAAACUGGUUUCAGUAGAAACACCAGAAGAUCCAGAGAAGGAAGAGCCAGUUCAUCAAGAUCCUCCAUUCAACUUUGUAAAGACAGAUAAUGAAGAAGCCAACAGUGACUCUGAGGCUGAUGGGGAAGUGAUUGGACCCAAGGACACUUUGGAGGAAACCUUGAAACCCACAGAGGAGAAAACAAUACCAAUGGAUCUAGUAUCACAAGAGGAUACUUCUGCUGUUCCUGAGGCUCAACAGUCAGGUGUUAAAACAGCAGAUGAACCCUUUGAGCACAAAGAAGAAGAGGAGGAGGAAGUAGUGUUCAAAGAUUCAGAGGACGACCAUGAUGCUGCAGGUAUACAGGACAGUCACUUUGCAAAGGAACAGCAUGAGGAUUUCGACAAUGAACUGGCAGAAAACGAAACGGCCACUGAUCAAGAAUUGGCCGGUGCAGAAACUGAAACACAUCUGGACCCACUCGCUAAAGAGAAUUCAGAUGUCAAUAGUGAUGAAACAACAAUAGAAGACAGCCUCCCUAAUCAGACACAUGACCAUUUAGUCACAGAUUUAGAGAGUAAUAAUAGUCAACCAGAAUUACCCGUGGAGGAACCAGAGAUUCAUGAGGAGUUGGAACAAGUAAUGGAUGCAGAGAAAGAGGAGGAGAAGGAAGAAUUACUUGAUGAUGAAAAUGCACUUCUUUCCUCACAGUCAAAUGGCACAGACUCUGACAAACCCUCACCCGAAGAUUCGCUGCCCACUGUGUCGACUCCAGAGCCAGAGUACAGCGAUAGCGUGUUGAGACUCACUAUUCUCCGAGAUCACUUCACGGAGGAGAAAAUGGAGCGGAUCCAGAAGCUUCUGGGUCUCGCGAAUCUCUUCAGAGUGGAAGCCAUGUUCUCUGACUUGGACAUAGAAAUGCAGGCCACCCGCCUGUCACACACCGGUACCACGCAAGACAUUGAAAAUGCACUGGAGGGCAUCCUGGAAGCUUCUGAGAACACUAUCCUGGACGAGAUUGAGAAGAUGCUGGAUGACCAGGGAACGAAACAGCAUUAUAACCAACAUAUGGACACAGAUGAGGAGACUGAAAUACUGGAUGACUUCCAGGAGCUCGCGUUCAGCCUGCGACAGAAGUAUUCAACAGCCAGUGACAGCGCGCCUUUGGCAAUGGAGAAAGCCUCAUCUGUUGACCAAGAUGAACAUGAAUUACACAUUAAAGAUGACACACCCCACAUUGUUGAAGAAGAAAAGGUUGACGUCACCCCUGAGACUGAGAGUGACAACAACCUCACAGUAGCAGAUCACAAGGAAAGCCCAGCAGAGACUAACGAGGAGCAGAUAGUUUUGGAUGAGGUACACGGUGGACCGGAUGUCAGUGUGAAGGAGGAUGGCAGACACUUUAAUAAAAACAAAGACAGUCAGCCAAGCUUCAGCGCGUCAGAGGAGAUGCAGAAAGUCCCUCAAGCCACCCUGGAAAAUCCCUUGGACAUGGGCCUUGGUGUUGAGGUUGAUCCCUCACCUUCAGGCUCUGUGGACACCAUGGAACCAGUGCCUGAAAUUCAAGAGGAAGAAGUGGGAUUAUUUUCAAAUGGAGUUGUUUACAUGGGCUGCAUCCUUUCAAUGGUGAAGAGUAAAAUUACAGAAUGGACGAUGGAGAUUAUCUCACUACUCCCAGAAGAGUGGAAGCCGGGGGAAACCUUGUAUGGCUGUCCUUGGCAAGCUGUUGUCAUCACCACUUUGAUUGGAGUAGUGACCUUCACGCUCUUCUUCUGGAGGACCGUGUUGGCAGUGAAGAAGAGAGAAUACCUUGUGGAUGAAAAAAAGCUGGCAGAACAAAUUCAGGCACUCAAAAAAGAGAAGAAUGAUGCUGUCACCAAAAUGUCUGAGCUCCAGAAACAGGCUGAAAAACUGAAAGAAAGUCAAAAACAGUCAAAAGAAAAAGUUAGUACUACAAUGAAAAGAAUACAAGACCUUGAGAGUAAAGUUUUGGAGGCAGAGACACUGAACAAUAACAUGGCAGAGGAAAAGAACAAAUAUGUGAAACUACUUGAAGAGGAGAGGGCAAACUGUCUGCAAAAUGAAACCAGGAUUGAGAAAUUGGAGAAGUCAAACGAGAAGCUACAGCUCAGCAGGAAAAAGAUUCAGGAAGCUCUCGCUAAGACUACUGUCCUCCUGGAUGAGGCCAAGAUACGGGAGGAUGCCCGAAACGUUCAGCAUAAAUGUCUUGAGAAAGAUUAUGCAGCACUUAAAGAAGAAAAUAAAACUCUAAAAGUCAAUAUCAAGGGCUGGGAGGACAAACAUAAGGAGCUGAACGAGCAGAUUAAAGUCUAUCAGAAAGCCCAGAAAGAGUUGGAGGACUCUGUGGUGCUCAAAGAUCACAACGUAGAGGUGCUGUCUGAACUUCUGGCAGACCUGGAUGCUUGUGAUUCCCAAAAGGGUGACAACAAAGUUUUAGCCAAUGGAGAAUUUGCACCUGACAAGAAGACAGCCAUAAAGAACCGGAUCAAACAGAUGAUGGAUGUUUCUCGGGUCCAGACCACUCUCUCUGUGGUUGAAGAAGAGCGUGACCGCUUCAUGAGCAAGCUGCUCAAUGAAGAAAAGACUAGAAAGUCACUGGAAGAGCAACACCAGGAGCUCGAGCACGCAAUCGCAACCCUCAAAAGCGAGAAGAGCCAUGUUGAAAACCAGUUCAAAAUCCUUCAGCAGAAAAAUGAAAUCAUGGUUGAAAUGUAUCAGCAGAAGGAAAACGCCUUGCAGCAGAGAUUAACCAAGGAAGAGUUGGAGCGACGCAGCAAAGAGAAUAUGCUUACUGAGGUGGGAGGAAAAGCUGUCGAAGCCGAGGAGCAGGUUAAACUCUUACGGCAGCGCAUUAAUGAAAUGGAGGAGCAGAUGAAGAAAACUGAGGAAGUCUAUAAAGAGCAGAUAAAAGAACAGGAAAACAAAACUCACUCCAACUGGGUAAAUGCUCGUAAUGCAGAGCGAGCUCUCAAUCAAGAGAAGCUCGAAGCAUCAAAGCUCCGUGAAAAACUGGCUGUACUGACCUCCCAGCUGAAUGAGCGCCGCGCUCCUCUCUUCAGACCGAACUCCGGACAAAAUGCAGGCCCUCGCCAAGGUGAUUCAUAUGGUCCCUCUCCUGUGAGUGGGGGUGCACCAUCCCCUCCACUAAUGAUAGAGGGUCCCAGGCGCCCUCCCUCUGCCCCAGUGGGCCGAAGAAUUGACCCGUAUGGUCCACGACCUCCAUCAGACCCACAUGGCCGUUACCCUGACAACAAACACAUAUCUGGGAUGGACAUGAUGGGCCCCCGUAGCUCCUCACCUGCUAACAUGGACGGAUCUACACAAGCAGUAGAUCCACAGAUAAAAGCAGAGACACAGGCUGAGGCCUCCACAGAGAGUCCAGAGCCAGGCCCUGGAUCCUUCCUAGUAUCUCCGAUCAGGGACUCGCCAGGCCCCAUGCCCCAAGGACCUCCACCCGGCCCCGGGCCCCAUGACCAGCUCCCCCCUUCUGGACCCCACGGCCGUCUGCCACCUCCUGGACCUUACAGACCGCCACGACCCGGCCUCUAUCACCUCCCGCCUGGUCCUCAUGGGCCGCCUCUUCCAGCCAACGGACACCCAGGUAUGCCCCUGCCUGGACCAAUGGGAGGAGAGUUUGGGCCUCGACCUGCCAACGGACAUGCCUUCCACCCCAGGCCAGGCCCUGGACAUGUCAUUGAUCCUCGAGGUCCACCACCGCCACACUUCCGUCCCCCUCCGCCUCAUCACUUUGGGCCGAUGCCUCCACCACACGGUGUCCGUGGACCUAUGGGACCACGUCCACCCAUCCCUCCUGACAUGCGCUACGCAGGACCACUUGACCACAGGGGCCCACCUAUGAACCUGCCCCCAGGUGGCCCUCCCCAUCCUGCACAUGGUGAUGCUUACGGUCAGCCUUCUCACGAUGCCCUCCAGAACUCAGCAGGAGCUCACAGCGGCCCUGGACAGGACCUGCAUGUGAAGCAGGAGGCCCCUCAGGACUCAGCGAGGCCAGCCAUGGUCAAGCCUUAAAGAUGCCACCAGCUAUGGCAGAGGACUUGAACUUACCCCGAACGCAUCACAUUAACAACCAAGAUCCAGAGGAAUAGGUCAUGAUUAUUUCAUUUAUAAAAGAAAAGCCGCAAAUGUUUAUUAAAAAAAAAAACAUGGUCCUUAAUUAAAGCAUCAUCAAUAAUUGUGUCUGAAUGAACUUGAGUUAAAGAGGGUUACCACUUUUCUAAACUGCUUAUUGUGCAAUAAUAAUUCAUUAUAAGCCAGAGGGUUUUCAUUUCUGUUGAUCUUUUAAAAAAUACAUAUAGCAAUGAUUUUUAAGGGGCGAAUUUUUUAAUGUCAUUUCCUGUGGAAAUUAUUUUAAAAAAGGAGAAACAGGAGGGAGUUUUAGCUUCUAGCAUUUCAGGAAUACCAUCACUUCCCAAAGCUGUUGCUUUAGAACCGACUGUAAAGCAAAAUGUGUAAUUUGAUGGCCAGAUGUAUAACUUAUUUUACUAUGUUGGUAGAACUUUUAAUAAUAAAGAAUGUAAAAGCUGUCA